CCCUUUCCCCCGCCCCUCCCUUCGCGCUCUCCCCCUCCCGUUUCGAAUGGGGCGUGAGGGGUCCCGUGUGUGAAUUUGAAGGGUUUAGGACCCACUGGGACCCCUUUUGUAAAGGUUUUUUUUUGAAAGUUUUAAGGGAAGGUCUUACCUGACGUGUGGAGGCGAUCGGCCGACGCGGUGGCCGGUGGCGACGGAAGUCUUUCAAUUAACAUCGAAAUUAACCUCCUUUAACGCAUAUUUAACCCCUUUUGCCAGUCUUAAAAUAAACUUCCUUCUUUCAUCUUUAUAUUCAGUUUUUUUAAAGUGCGAAUAUAGCUACCUAUAGGAAAAAGUGAAAAAUUAUUAAGUUCGUCUCCAGCUUCCUCGAGUCCAUAUUUGUUCUCUUGUUACCAUAAUGUUCCUGUGGGAUUGGAUUACUGGUGUGCUGGGAUAUUUGGGUCUGUGGAAGAAGAGCGGUAAGCUGCUAUUCUUGGGUCUUGACAAUGCUGGAAAGACAACGUUGUUACACAUGUUGAAAGAUGACCGCAUGGCUCAGCACGUUCCCACUCUUCAUCCAACAUCAGAAGAAUUGAGCAUAGGACAGAUUAAAUUCACAACCUUCGAUCUGGGUGGCCAUCACCAAGCACGAAGAGUGUGGAAGGACUACUUCCCUGCCGUAGAUGCCAUCGUCUUCCUUAUAGAUGCAGCCGACAGAGACCGAUUUGCCGAAUCAAAGGCCGAACUGGAUUCUCUGUUAACAGACGACCAGCUAUCUAACGUACCUAUCGUAAUUUUGGGGAACAAGAUCGAUAUCCCGGGGGCUGCAUCAGAAGACGAGUUCAGACACUACUUUGGCCUCUUUGGACAAACCACAGGAAAGAGUAAAGUUCCCCGCAGUGAGCUCCCAGGGCGUCCUCUAGAACUAUUCAUGUGUUCGGUACUCAAAAGGCAAGGAUACGGAGAAGGCUUCCGGUGGAUUGCCAACUACAUCGAUUAAAAAUCCCUGGAAGUUGGUGGCGGUUCAGGGGAUGAUGGCCGAAAGUUGAUCACAAGCGGAUUUGUGAAGUCCGCCCACAAGCAAGCAAGCUUUUUGAUCCUUAGUCAUCGACAGUGAGUUUUCUUCUUUAUCAGAGACACUGGAACGCUGGGUGACAAAGGAGAGAAACAUUAUUUGUUUGGAAUUUUCGCCAUCAUGCUCUUUAUCCCACGAAAGUGUUAAAACCUUUUAAAGUAUAAGAUAAAUGAAUUAAAAAAAAAACUAGUUGCUGCUUUUGUGGAUGCAGCGUUUGCAGACAAGUUGAAAAAAAAAAAAAUGAAAGAAUCCGCGGAUGCCAGCUGUUAUAUUUAUGUUAACCGUUCUCGAGAUGGAAAAGUAAAUAUAAGAGUGGAUUCUUCUUCGUUGUUGUUGGAAGCAGAAGGAAAACGGAAAACCUUUGUUUUGUAUGUGUCGCUUUGUGACCUCCGCCUUAGGCUGGAGUCUCCAUCCUUCCCUGACCUUUUCCGAACACUGCGUUCUCCUUCUCUCUCUCCUCUCCCUUUCCCAUACCUAUGUACACACAGGUCUCCAUUCCCCGUUUUGUAAUCAUCAUUCUUUUAGUUGAGAUUGAAAGUGCUAGUAUUAUUCUCGUGAAACGUGAAACACCCUAUUUUAGCAAAUCAUUGGAUCAAAGUUAUUUUUUUUAAUUGAAAUGUUCUUUGUAGGACUUUUAUAUACAUAUACUACAGUUUACUCAGUGAAUACCCAAGUAAGUUUUGGAAACUUUAUAGUGUGGAAAUAUGCUGGGUACAGUUGUUGAAAUAUGAAUAAAAAUCAUCUGUUUGCAGGAUCUAUGGUGCCCCUCUUUGAUGCAGUUCAUCAAUUUUUUUUUUUAUUAGGAUUAGAUGUUAACCUUCGGAGAAGUUCGGUUUUAUUGUAUUAGGACCAGGGGAUUAUUUAUGACUAAUUUUCAUUGUAUUUAGAUGUUCAACCUUUAAGGAAAUUAAACUUGGCUUUUUAUUUGGAUUAGGUGUCGAUAAUACUUCAGGGAAAUUUUAAAAAUCCUGUACGUUGUGUGUCGGUCCUCAGCGCUCCAUUCAGACCCUUUCAAAAAGAAAAAAAUUGCAUCAAGCCACGUUUGUAUUUAUUUCGUGAAAAGUUGAGGUCUUAGAUUUAAGUUUUAACUUCAUGUGCUGCUUCUACAGUUAGAUACGAAGCUUGGAGAGUAAGGUCAAUUUCCUUUUCGAGUAAUGUAAAAUGCCAUUUUCACUUCAAUAAGUUCUGUUGAAAUAAAUCUUUAUAUAAUAAAAUAUGGUGAGAA